UUUUCCAACUCCAGGAUUACCUAGAGAAGAGGCCUCCAAGACUUUCUCCUGGCAUAGCAGAACUGGUUAAGAAGCUUAAGGCUAGAAACAUUGAUGUUUAUCUUGUAUCUGGAGGCUUCCGUCAGAUGAUUAAUCCUGUUGCGUCGAUCCUUGAAGCUCCACUCAUAAACAUAUUUGUCAAUCAAUUGCUUUUCGGAGACUCGGGAGAGUUUCUAGGUUUCGAUGAAAAUGAACCUACAUCAAGGAGUGGAGGGAGACCUGUUGCAGUACAACAGAUACGAGAGGCUCGUAAACCUGGGGGUGCCGACUUUUUCAUCUGCUAUGUCGGAGUUCAACUUAGAGAUGGUGUUGCUGCGAAAGCUGACUGACUGGUUUUCGAUUUUAAAGAUCUUAUCAUUUCCCUGGACUAGCUUCGACUUCUCGCGAUCCCAUCAACAUUAGAUAGAUCAUAGAUGCUGCAAUAGCAGCACCCCUCAAACCACAUGUAUUGUAAAUUGUAAUUCAACCAUGGCAAUUCAAUUAUUGCCCUCCUAUCAUAUGAGAAAAAAAUACUUACUACCCAAGGCUUGGUAUGACCCUAGUCCCUAAGAGAUGAACGGUUGCAUUCAUGAGUAGAGAUGGCAAUGGGUAGGAUCUGGACAGGAUCCUCUAGGAUCCAGAUCCAGAACUGUUUGUUAGGCUGUGAGAUGUGACUUGAUUUCGAGUAGCGAAGAAGCAGCACCGAGCCGGGUCGCGAGGUGCGACAGUCGUCACGAGGUGCGACGAGGCUCGCAGAGCCUGUCGCGAGCGUUCCUUCGCUCCUUGUUGUGUGGCUGGUCGCGAGGUGCGACGCGGGUCGUGGAGCCUGUUGCACGCGAAGGCGAUUUCACUCGACAAAUUAGGGCUUGUAUUUUUUACACUCCAUAUAAAUAUGUUGACUCAUAUUUAGAUUGAAAAACACAAAAUAUCAGAGAGAGAUUAGCUUAAACACAAUAGAGAAGAUUAGAGAGAUUUUUUGAGAUUCAAUUGAAUCUUGACUAUUGUAAUUGUAAUUGUCUCAUUCAUAGUGAAACAAUCUUUUUCCCUGCCUUAAGGACGUAGCUAUCGCAUUGAUAGUGAACCUCGUUAAAUCUGUGUGUUCUUUAUUCGCUUUCUUGUUUUCUUGUGUGUGUGCUUGGUUGUUGUGCAUUC